AUGUACAUAGAUUGUCACUUGCCUCAGGUGCCAGAUGAUGAGGAACUACAAUUGGGCCAACUUUAUUUCCUCAUGCCACUGUCUCAGUCGAAUGUUCCACUAUCCUUACAACAAUUAGGUGCACUAGCAUGUAAAGCCAGUGCAUCUCUUGCUCACUUGGACCUGGGGUUUACGUCGGAAAAAACGUUACCGUAUUUGGAUAGAAAUGACACUCAAAUUCUGGCCACUGAUCAACGGCGUUGUAAGAUUCCGGUCAGUUUUGAUAUUAUCGGUUCAAACUUUCUGGCAAGACGAACCAAUCCGCGAAUCGGUCUAAUGCUUUCGCAUGCCAAAUUAAUUCAUGGGAUUUGUGGCCGUGAUGCAUGUGGCUCGUUAAGGUUUGCUUAA